UCGGUUCGAACUUGGAGUCGAUCUACUAGAUACGAACAUGCGCAUCGGUAUCGACUAAUAAUCUAAGAGAUGCAUUCUUUUCAUCUGACGAAACAUUUGUGUUGACGUUUUUCGCUUCAUAUUUUAUAUAUUUGAUCAUUUUUUUCCUCGCCGAGAUUCUCUCUCUCUCUCUCUAUCUAUCUAUCUAUCUGUCUUUCUCUUCGCUUUCUCUUUCUCUCUUUCACACGUACAUCAAUCGCCUUUCCCUUUGCCGCUAUGCUGCUCUCUCCUCUCCACGAUCUCGAUUGUCAGAAAGCGAUGACACAUUGCAUUGUCGUAGUCCACGAACAGGCGCGUGCAUCAUCCUUUCUACAUUCCAUCGCGAUUCCAUAUUUUGCGGCUACACCCGAUGAGUAGUCGAUGAGUGCAACGGCACGACGCGUAUUCGAUCGCAGUCGACAGCACCCACGAGUCUGAAGCUGUGUGACGCGGAGCGAGAGCGUGAGCGCGAUAGAGAGAGUAGAAGGAAAGAGAGAGAGGGAGAGAGAGAGAGAGAGAGAGAGAUAGAUAGAUUCUUCGAUCGCGCCCACAUUCCGUGCUGGAACAUCUCUCCGGAACGGGAUUCACUGACCCAACAUAGUGUCGCGCAUCGUGUCGCAGAUUGUUACGAACGCGCAAGUAGAUAUUUGACAAAGACGCAGAGAUAUUUUAUUUCUCGGAGACAUGAGUUAUCCGAUGCCGUCGAAUCAGUCUAGACCAAUGUCUCAAGGAAAUUAUCAGGGCCUAGGCGACUUGCCUAUGGGCUCUGCAAAAGAACAGACAUUAAUGUGGCAACAAAAUUCAUACAUGAAUGAUUCAGGCAUUCAUUCUGGUGCCGUUACUCAGGCACCAUCUCUGUCCGGCAAAGAAGAUGAAGAAAUGGAAGGGGAUCAAUUGAUGUUUGAUCUGGACCAAGGUUUUGCACAGGGUUUUACACAGGACCAAGUUGAUGAAAUGAAUCAACAAUUGAGUCAUACUCGAUCGCAGCGUGUGCGCGCUGCUAUGUUCCCUGAAACAUUAGAGGAAGGUGUGGAGAUACCUUCUACACAAUUUGAUCCAGCACAGCCUACCGCUGUACAAAGAUUGGCUGAACCGAGUCAAAUGCUGAAGCAUGCUGUCGUCAAUUUGAUCAAUUAUCAGGAUGAUGCUGAUCUUGCUACGCGUGCUAUUCCCGAAUUAAUCAAGCUUUUAAAUGAUGAGGAUCAGGUGGUUGUAUCUCAAGCAGCUAUGAUGGUACAUCAAUUAUCUAAAAAGGAAGCAUCCCGCCAUGCCAUUAUGAACAGCAUGCAAAUGGUAGCAGCCUUAGUGCAUGCUAUCUCUAAUAGUGACGAUUUGGAAUCGACGAAGGCAGCGGUCGGUACCCUGCACAAUUUAUCACAUCACAGACAAGGCUUGCUAGCGAUUUUCAAGAGCGGUGGAAUUCCCGCACUUGUGAAAUUACUGAGUUCUCCAGUAGAAUCAGUUCUUUUUUAUGCAAUAACAACUCUUCAUAACUUAUUACUUCAUCAAGAUGGCUCCAAAAUGGCUGUACGUCUUGCCGGUGGUUUGCAGAAAAUGGUUGCUUUAUUGCAGCGGAACAAUGUCAAAUUUUUGGCAAUUGUUACUGAUUGCUUGCAAAUUCUAGCAUACGGAAAUCAGGAAAGCAAAUUAAUAAUUCUUGCUUCACAAGGUCCAAUAGAACUUGUGCGUAUCAUGCGCUCUUAUGAAUAUGAGAAACUGUUGUGGACCACUUCGAGGGUAUUGAAAGUAUUAUCUGUAUGUCCAAGUAAUAAGCCCGCGAUCGUAGAAGCAGGUGGCAUGCAAGCGCUUGCUAUGCAUCUUGCAAAUCCAAGUCAAAGAUUAGUGCAGAAUUGUUUAUGGACAUUACGUAAUCUAUCAGAUGCCGGCACAAAGGUUGAUGGACUUGAUAACUUAUUGCAGAGCCUCGUCCUUGUACUCGGAUCAACGGAUGUGAACGUCGUUACAUGCGCGGCUGGGAUUUUAUCAAACUUGACUUGCAAUAAUCAGCGUAAUAAAGUUGCGGUAUGUAAUUACGGUGGUGUCGACGCUCUUGUUCGUACGAUUAUCAAUGCCGGCGAUCGAGAAGAGAUAACUGAACCAGCAGUAUGUGCUUUACGUCAUUUGACAUCACGUCAUAAUGAAGCAGAAAUGGCACAAAAUUCGGUUCGAUUGAAUUACGGUAUUCAAGUUAUAGUCAAAUUACUUCAGCCACCAUCGCGCUGGCCGUUGGUAAAAGCGGUUAUUGGACUAAUCCGCAAUUUGGCUCUUUGUCCCGCAAAUCACAGUCCACUACGUGAUCAUGGUGCAAUAAUUCAUCUCAUAAGACUUUUGGGACGUGCAUUCGGCGACACACAGAGACAACGUUCAUCUGUCGCUAGUACUGGAAGCCAACAGACAUCAGGUGCAUAUGCAGAUGGAGUACGUAUGGAGGAAAUAGUGGAAGGCUCAGUAGGAGCACUUCACAUUCUGGCAAGGGAGUCCCACAAUAGGGCGAUAAUUCGUUCACAAAACGUGAUUCCAAUUUUCGUACAAUUAUUAUUUAAUGAGAUUGAAAACAUUCAACGCGUGGCAGCCGGUGUGCUUUGCGAACUAGCAGCUGACAAGGAAGGCGCCGAGAUGAUAGAACAAGAGGGUGCUACCGCCCCACUGACGGAACUACUUCACUCCAGAAACGAAGGUGUUGCCACUUAUGCAGCAGCAGUAUUGUUUCGUAUGAGCGAAGAUAAGCCCCAAGAGUACAAAAAACGACUUUCCAUGGAGCUGACGAAUUCCUUAUUCCGCGAAGAUACAAACUUAUGGAACAAUACUGAUUUUAGCAUGGCCCCAGAUCUCCAGCUACCUAAUCUUCAGGACAUGCUUGGCCCUGAUCAAGGCUAUGAUGGUAUGUAUGGCCAAGGACCUCCUAGUGUACACAGCAGCCAUGGCGGUCGGGGUUAUCAACCGCAAGGUUAUGACCAGAUACCAAUAGACUCAAUGCAAGGGUUGGAGAUAGGUGGUGGAUCGACGUAUGGUGCGAUGGACACCAUGGACGUGGCGCACGAGGGUGAUUUGAGUUUUGAUCAUUUGGAAGAGCUCCCCGCACCGCCGCAAGAUAACAAUCAGGUCGCGGCCUGGUAUGAUACCGAUCUUUAAAUCAAGAUGACAUAGAAAUGUCAAGUAUUAGAGAAAGAGAGGAAGAGAAAGAGAAAGAGAGAAAGAGAAUGAAAUUGUAUACGCGUUAUUCGGACGCAGUCGCCUUCGGAACCACAUCCACGUAGUCCACGUUCGUUCCGUCGAACGAAAAGUGAAACAUUCGCUAAUCCAUAUCCGUAUCGCCUGUAUGUAAUCGCCUAAUAUGAUCAUUCACCCGAGUAUAUAAACAUUAUAUCGAUGUAUUAGAAUUAAGAUAAACUCAUGUAGUUCGUACACAUAUGUAUCAUUUAUUGUCCGUACAAAUAAACUGAAUGAUUAAACAAAA